UUUUCCCCGGUGAUAUGGCAGCCCUGUCAGCCGAAAGGAGAAUUGUAUAAUUUACUUUGUUGUGAUUUCUUUGCUUUUUAUGAAUCAAAUAUAGUAAAAUAAGGGAAAUACCUGCGAAACAUGGCGCUGCGCAUCCUGAAGACCUUGAGGCCGGUGGCCCAUCCACUGGCAACGACCUUGGCCGGCGGGCAGAGGCAGGAGUUUAUUCACACGACGCCGGCGUGCUGCGAAAUCCGGAAACUGGCCCGUUUGCGGGUGGUGGACAACAGCGAUUUGGGCAAAAGGGCGAUGGCCGAGGGACGUCCGCCCAGGUGCAUCCAUGUGUACAACAAGCGGGGCGUGGGCCUCAUCGGGGACAAGGUCCUGGUGGCCAUCAAGGGACAGAUGAAGAAGGGCAUCCUCGUGGGACUCAAGCAGAACCAGAAGCCCAAACAGCCCAAGUUCGACAGUAACAACCUGGUCCUUAUCGAUGACAACGGCAGUCCCUUGGGCACCCGCAUCCAUGUGCCCAUUCCCACGAUCCUGCGCACCAUCCUCAAGGAGAAAACACUGGCUAAAGGAGCCGAUUACACCAAGGUUCUGGCCAUCGCCAGUAGAUAUGUUUAAGUUCCCGUGGGAUCCUAGGGAUCCCGUCUUCCUGUUGCUAAAUGAAUAAAGUUUAUCCAACCGAA